CUGAACCAUUCAAGUGAUGAUUCCCAACUUUAACCUUUCUUUUUUAUUCCCUUUAACUUUAAAAUAUAAUACACCACUUAUAUUAUUAAAAUAAUGAAAAAAAACCCAAAUAGUACUAAAAAUGGGAUACAUAAUAGUAUUUAAAAAUGGAAGAUUAAAUUAACUGGUUAUAUAAAAAUGAUGAUAAACACAACAGAAAAGGGUUUUCUGGUUUAUUUACAUUUAUAAAUAGAAAACUCUCAACCCUUCUUUGCUUCCAUUUUCUGCAUCUCUUCUGGUCAGAGAUUGCAGCUAAAAAGAAAAACAAAGAGAAGUAAAUCAAAAACUCUUUUCUUCUUUAUUUUCUGCCUUUAAUUAUCAUACUUGCCUUUUCUUUUCCUUUCAAGUUAGGAAGCAUGGUGUACCCCAAUGAAUCCCUUGAAGACUCUCCCCAGAAGAAAAUGGGGAGAGGAAAGAUCGAGAUCAAGCGGAUCGAAAACACGACGAACCGCCAAGUUACCUUUUGUAAGAGGCGCAAUGGUUUGCUCAAAAAGGCUUAUGAGCUAUCGGUUCUUUGUGAUGCUGAGGUUGCUUUGAUUGUCUUCUCUAGCCGUGGUCGACUCUAUGAGUAUGCUAACAAUAGUGUUAAAGCAACAAUUGAGAGGUAUAAAAAGGCUUCUGAUUCCUCCAAUACUGGAUCAGUUGCUGAAGUUAAUGCUCAGUUCUAUCAGCAAGAAGCUGACAAACUCCGAAAUCAAAUCCGGAAUUUGCAGAAUGCAAACAGGCAUAUGCUGGGAGAGUCCAUAGGGGGAUUGCCUAUGAAAGAGCUUAAGAGCUUGGAGAGUCGUUUAGAAAAAGGAAUUAGCAGAAUCCGUUCCAAAAAGAAUGAGCUGUUGUUUGCUGAAAUUGAGUAUAUGCAGAAAAGGGAAAUUGACUUGCAUAACAAUAACCAACUUCUUCGAGCCAAGAUAGCUGAGAACGAGAGGAAGCAGCAGAGCAUGAAUUUGAUGCCCGGAGGUUCAAGUGCUAACUUCGAGGCCCUACAUUCUCAACCAUAUGACUCUCGGAACUACUUCCAAGUCGAUGCUUUACAACCCGCCACCAAUUAUUAUAACCCUCAGCAGCAGCAAGACCAGAUAGCUCUUCAACUAGUCUAAUGUUAUGGGGGCGUGCAUGGUUCAUUGCUGCUGUUUCAGUUUUAGUGAAGAACAUCUUAGCAUUGUGUCAGAUGAAAGCUACUAUAUAAGGCAGGAAUAUUAUGUUAACUUUCCUUAAAUGGAGGACCCUAGAUCUGAUCUUCUGCCAUGUUUAAGAUGCGUAGAGUGUGUAAGAAUGAUAAGUUUGAUUUUCAGACAAGAAUGUCCUCUUCCAUUUGCUUAGAA